UGUGAAUUCUGGGAUACACUAAACCCGCCAUAGUGUCGUACAGUUGUAGGAAACGGAAUCAGUAAUAGGAUAACUUCGCAAUUCACGCACGCUGCGCAGUCAGCAACAGUGAAAUUAUUAUUAUUAUAUAUGGCAUUCUAAUUUAAUCUAUUCCACAAGAAAGAAUGGCUCAUGAAUAUGGCGGAAAUAAAAAACUAUAUCCUGGAGUUACAGGACCUUUAAGCCUGGCAGAGCCUAAAUUACAAGAUAAUGAGUUAACAGAAAAGUUGGUUGAAGCCCUUAAACCACAUAAUGUGUUUGAAAGUGAUGCUGAACUUAAUCAUAGGCUUGAAGUUUUGGCUAAGGUAAAUGAUCUAAUGAGAGAUUGGAUAAAAGAUGUCAGCAGGCAAAAGAACAAUAUUCCAGAAAACUUGGUAGAUACUUUUGGAGGAAAAGUUUUUACCUUUGGUUCUUACCGUAUGGGUGUACACACACAAGGUGCUGAUAUUGACACACUCUGUGUAGCACCUCGACAUGUAGAGCGUUCAGACUUCUUUAAAUCAUUUUUUGAACUUCUUAAAACUCAACCUGAAGUUAAAGAUUUACGGGCAGUUGAGGAAGCUUAUGUCCCUGUUAUCAAAGUAGAGUUUGAUGGUAUUGAGCUUGAUAUGGUCUUUGCCCGUCUUGCUUUACCCACCAUCCCAGAAGACAUCAACCUCAGAGAUGAAGCUCUGUUGAAAAACUUAGAUGAGAAAAGUGUCCGCAGUCUUAAUGGUAUUAGAGUGACAGAUGAAAUUUUGCAUCUUGUUCCAAAUCAAGAAAAUUUUCGAAUGACACUACGUGCUAUUAAGUUGUGGGCUAAAAAGAAAGGGAUUUAUUCUAAUGCUCUGGGUUACCUAGGUGGUGUAUCGUGGGCCAUGCUUGUUGCUAGAGUUUGCCAGUUAUACCCCAAGGCUGCCCCGGCAACCAUUGUCCACAGAUUUUUCCUUGUUUUUUCAAAAUGGGAUUGGCCGUCUCCUGUGUUAUUGAAACCACUAGAUACAGAAAACAAACUAGGCUUUACUGUAUGGGACUCUAGGAUAAAUGCUUCUGACAGAUUCCAUCUGAUGCCCAUUAUCACUCCUGCAUACCCUCAACAGAAUUCAACAUACAAUGUCACACAAUCCACUCGCACUAUCAUUAUGGAUGAGUUUUCGGAAGGGUUGAAUGUAGUAACACAUAUUUAUGAAGGAAGAGAGGAAUGGAGCAGAUUGUUCGAGCGGUCAGAUUUUUUCCACAAGUAUAAACACUAUAUUGUAGUUAAAGCCAGUGCUGAAGAAGAGGAGCAUUACUUAGAGUGGAAAGGCUAUGUGGAGUCCAAAAUACGUCUUUUGGUUGGCAAUCUAGAGAGGAAUCCUAAUAUCAAACUUGCACAUAUUAUGCCAACAUCUUAUGGUCCCAUAAAUGAGAGUGAAGGUCAGUAUAUGUGCAAAUGGUUUAUUGGGCUGGUGUUUGGUCUGGUAAAUCAGGGACCACAACCAGGUGCAAAUGUCGAUCUCACCUACGAUAUACAGUCAUUCUCAGAUGUUGUACAUAAACAAGCCAUCCAUAUAAAUUUGUACAAAGAAGGUAUGAAAGUGGAAAUUCAGUAUGUUAGAAAAAAACAUUUAUGUCAGUUUGUAUCACCAGUUAUAUUAAAUCAAACUAAAAGGAAAAGACAAGACAGUUUUAAAAGUUCAUCUGGAAACACAAGACGUACCAGUUUAGACAGAGGUCCAGGGGGUUCUUCAUCUACUACAUCAGCUUCAGGUGGAAAGGCAGAUCAUGAUUCAGAACUUUCUAAAGCUAUUGUUGCUGCUGAAGAAGAUGAUACUUCACAAGAAUCAAGUUCUGAUCCACAAGCUGCUGGUGCUACAAAUGGCCCUGUGGUUUCAGAUCAAGAAAGUAUGCAGUGGAACUCAGAGGAAACACCCAAUAGUGGUGGAACUGUUAGUACUGCUAGUAAGGAGGAGGAUGAAUUUAGGGAUAAAUCAGAAAACCCUGUGGGAAGUCCAUCAUCCCAGGACAGUGCACAGGACGCUGCAUCCAAGAGACCAGGCUCACCUUUUCAGAAUGACACGCCACCAAAAAAACCAAAAGAUUUAGAACAGCAGAUUCCUGGAUCACCAAUGCAGGUGGAUGAAAAACAAACGGGCACAUCAACAUCAUCCUCUUCAUCGCUGACAUCAACUUCUCAACAUUAUUCUUCAUCCCAACAACCGCACCAGCCAUCUUUAUCUGAUGCAGCAACAAAGUCUAUAGCCAAUAAGCAUGUAGAUCAUCAUUCUAGCAAUGAACUCUCAGAUUUGUCCAGUCCACAGCCUAUUAAUGCAACAGGAUUUCUCCCACCCUUGAAAAAUUCAAUUAAACUGAAGCUUAAGUGAUACUUGACUUAAUUUAAACACAAAUUCAUGCUUCUGAUUUUUCUUCAACAAGAAAUGUAAGUUCUGCACCCAUUAAUGUUUAUUCAAACCAUGGCAGGAAUCAUGGACACUUGUAGAUUUGUUUGUACUUAUUAGUGGUCAUCUGUUAGCUGUGUCUGCUUCAACAUUUGGGUAACCUGUGUUGUGAAUUUGCUGUGUACAUACACAUUUGUUUUGAAAUGAACUUUGUGUUUAUAGUUAAGUUUAUUUUCUCCCAUCACAUAUAAGAUUAGUCUGCCACAUAUGGCCUGAACACAAUAUGGAAUAUAUGAUUGCAUUAUUUGCUUAUUUAUAAACAUGAUGUGGUUGCAUUUAAAAUACAACUAACAUAUGAUUAACAUCUGCACAUUCUAAUAUUCCCGGUUACAUAGUGGUUUGACUUAUAUAAUUACAAUUAGUACACUCCUAGCCCCAAAUAUACUUCAUCACCAACUUGGGCAUUGUUAUUGAGAAAACUUCAGGGAGUUAUAUUUAUUUUUCAUAAUUUGGAGGGAUAUAUAGUAUUUCAUAGAGUUCUUCUUUGUUUUCAUAGCAGCUUGUUGACAAAAAUUAUACAUAACUGUACAGAAUAUCUCCAGUAGUAUCUUGAAUUUAUAUACUUAUCUGUUCAGCUGUUAAGUAAAAUGAACUUAUGCCAAUGCACUCAAAAAUCAAUGUGGGAUUUUUAAAGUGCAUGCAUUUAAUUUUAUAUGAGGUUUUUCUUUUUUUGUUUGUUGAUGUGGCAAUUCUUAUUUUUUAAAUGCUGAAAUAUAUAUUUUUUUCUGUUGAGAUAUGUGAAUUAUACCUGUUUCUUUUUUUUUUUUGUUUUUUUUGUUAGAUAUAGCUGCCAUUUUAAUACAAAAGAAUAAUUCUUUUUGAAAAACAGAUUAUUUAGGUUGGUCAAAAUUUAAAAUAUUAACAUAUUUAUUAAUAAAGAUUUUCAGUAUCACAAUUCAUUUUUCAGUUUUAAAAAAGUUGCCCACCUAAUUUUGUUUCCAGGGUGUUUAAAAAUGUCAUGCUAGUAAUUUUUAGCAGUUGAAAUUUUUUUGUUUUAUCCUACUUCAAAUCUCAUAAGCAUUUGGUACAAACUUUUUAAAAUUCUGUGUGAAAUAGAGAUGAAAUAACUGUACACUGUUCUUUAUUGUGUGACAUCUGCUAAAUUAAAUAUUUGGCAGUGAGGUUGUUGGUAACAAGAAAAAAAUAACAACUGGAAAUAGAAGUUAAGUCAUUGAUGUUGAAUUUGUGAAGACAUAAAUAACUGUGACAAAAUAUUAAAAUAUUUUAAGGCAGCAUGACUUUUUUGUAUGUUGACGAUUUAAAAGUGAUACUUAUUUUGUUAUUCAACUAUGAAUUUGCUGUAGUAUUGAUACAUUCUGAACAACCAAAUGCCUUGUAGUGGUGUGGUUUUUAAAUAGUACAGCUGAUUUUGCUUCCCUUUUUCCCUGGCAUUUUGUUUUUCUUUGUGUGUGGUGUGAAAAUGGAAAAAUGUUAUGAUAAAAUUUUUAAAAGAAAAUUGAUAGAACAUAGUAUGAAAACAAAUAGUUGCUCCAAUUCUGUAAGUGGAUAUCAACAUUUGUGUAUGUCAUAUUUAAUAAAGUGUAUUAGCAGAAAGUAUGGGAAUAUCUGGACAUGUAAAAUAGCAAUGUUUUCAGAUCAAGACUGCUGAUUACAUGUUUCAACUAAAGAAAAGUAUCUGAGUUUAUUUUGGUGGUGUUUUUUUCUUUCUCUGAUACAGGUUUUUGGAGCAUAAGAUUUUUUUUUAAAAUCCUUUUGUUGGUUAGUUUUUAUUUUAUUGUAUGAGAGAACUAAAAGAAAUUCCCAAAGUCACAGAAACUAUAUACAAAUAUUAACAUAUAUUUAACAUAAUUAAACGGCAGUUCAAUGUAUUUACACAAUUUGUAAUAGACUAGUAGUUAUUUCUUAAAUUUAGAAAUAUAUUUAAGUUCAAUCAACCAUUCCUUAAAGUUUUAAAAAACAUUUACUUGUGUUCUCCUUUAGUCUGUUUACACAGAAAGAUACCCAUGUUCACUCUUUUGCUCCCAUUUUAUUUUUAAAACCUGGAUGCUUGUUAAAUAAUAUCUCUAAUUAAAAUAUUUCUAUUAAUUUCACAAUUUAAAAAAAUUCACAAUUCAAUAACAGUUGCAUAUGGCGUAGAUUGAUCAAAGAAUUUGUUUGGAAAAUGUUUAAUAUAGGUUAGUUUCAAAAUACUAGUUAUUUAUAUAUAUUUUUUAUCAAAGCUUUCUUUUUCUUGAACUAGAGACAACAGCAAUGAAGAGGCAACUGGUUUCUGGUGCCUGUUUCUUUAUUAAACUUCUUUGAUUAUAGUGUAAAUAAACGCAAAUAAUAAAAAAUUUUGCUUUAAUUUCUUGGAUAUCAACAAAAUUGACAGCCAAUAGUUUUAAUAAAUUUAAGUAAACUCAUUAUACUAAUUCAUUUUCUACAUAAGAAUGUUUUUUUAUUUCAUUUUUGUGCUCCAUACUGUUUGGUUUUAAUUACCAUCACUAUUUUAUGUUCAAUGAAAAAUAAUGUACCUUAUUAUUGUCUUGCUGAAUUUGUAUUCCAGUGGAUUGCCCAGAUUUUCUUUGUUUAUAUUUACAUUUUAGAAAAUAACAUUGCAGUACUUAGUUCAAAAAAUGAAAAUUGUAUAUUUUGCUAGUUAUGUUGCUUUAAAAUCCUACUAUGGAUCUUCAACUCAGGUUUCUCAAAGCAAGUCAUAUUUCACACUGUUAUUUGAAGCCUAACUAGAUUACGAGGAAUGAUGAUCUAGGCCCUAAUUUGACAAAUUAUUUUAUAGCUCACACAGCAACCCUUUUUUUUUUUAAUUUUCUGUUGUUCCUUACAAUAGAAAUAAUUAUUUUCUUUGUCACAUGUUUGCCUUCGGUCUUGUAGUGUGUUGAAAAUCAGUGUCCCACAUUUGUAUUAUAUCAAUGGCCUGGAAAAAAAACAAAAAAAAUGCAUAUCUAUAAAAACCAACUUGUUGAGCAAAAAAAUUUGUGCUUGUAAAUUUUAUGAUUUUGUAAGUGUGAAAGAAUAUUAUGUAAUAUAUUUGUAAAUAGAGUAUAUUAUAUGAUUUUUUUUUUUGUGAUUUGUUUAUAUCAUAGAGGAUGCAUCAAAUUGUUUCAUCAUAUGUGUUUAAAAUUGUAAACAUAUUCAAUAAAUGUUAAUGUAAAUUACUUUGAAAAAUAAAAUUUGAUAAAAUACUA